AUGGCUGAAAAAUCCGAAGUUGACAAGUCGCUCGUACAAGUGGGGUUGGAAGGCAAACAAAGCGCCGCCCAUUUGCCCCCCUGCCUUCGUACUUUGGUUGAUGCUGGAGUAACCGUUGACCUUGACUCCUCUGGGUUCCGCCAUGUGAACUUUAUUGAUCUGACACCAAGCACCCUCUGGAAAUUCCGACGCUUUCUGGGUGCGCUAUUGAAAACUGGCAUUCGGCCAGUACUGGAUCAUGAUUGGCUGUUGGGUCCAGACUUUCGACCAAUCAGAGUUUGCCUUGAUGCCGGACCGGCAAGUGGUUCGAACUUUCGCAACCAUUGCUCACACCCUCAAACGCUGCGGCUAAGGGUCAUAAAUUCUGAAAAUCUGACCGAUGACUCACCGAUGCCAAGGCAACACAAACGAGAGAUUCAGUUGGGUUCCAGACGAGUCACGCGUAAAACUAAAUUCGUUUACGAAGGAGUGCAUUUCGCUGCAUUAGAUGAUCUUCGCUCUCGCAAACACACAGCCUUUUAUACCUCUGUCUCGAGGGCUGGGAUACAGACAGGUUGCCCAAGCCUAGACUGGAGAAGUCGGGAGGCAGUAGUCGGAUUCGAACUUCGGACCUUCCGGUCAGUAAAUUCGCGCUCUAACCACUUGGGCCAUCUCGUCCUGCACUUCAGAACGUCUAUCACGUGCCACAUAAUCGGUGUCGAAGGGCUAAAAGACUCACCUGGAACCCAGCUGAAUCUCUCGUUUAUGAUGUUCUCAGGGUUCCAGGACGCGCCCAGACGUGGAAAAAGCAGAGUGGCGCAUCCCCAAGGUCACCAUCGGCACGACACGUUCGGAAAGCAGAGCGCGAAUUUACUGACCGGAAAGUCCGUGGUUCGAACACGACCUCUGCCUCUCGACUUCCCCUGCCUAGGCUUGGGUGACCUGUCUGUAUCCCAGCCCUCGUGCAACCUUCGGGUGGCAUGGCAGUUUGGCAUCGAAACGCUAAUAAACUCAAAUGCUGGCCGGCUUCCCCAACCAUUAGAGUACAUUUUGACGUCGCACAUGCAGACGGCAAGCAAAGAAGAAGACCGGGUCUCUCGAAAGAACCAAAUUAGUUUGCAGAUGAGUGUAUAUUCGCUAAGAAGCAAGAUUCCUGUCAGUUCUCCGUUUAUUCAAAAAAUUGGAUGUAGUUUCCUUGGAUAUCGUCGUCCAGAGCUACGCAACACUUCAUCUGGAGUCACAAUCAUUGACUAA